AGGCGCGUACAUGUGUCGGAGGAGAGUCUCCGCCCUCCGGAGCAGAGCAGGCUGCUGAUCCGCUCCGCUUUCAGUGACUUCACAAAACUGUUUGCAUACCAAUCUCCCCUCAACGCUGCGUGCUUGUCCAAAUUGGGAUCGCAGAUCUGGGAGCGGUGGAUUGUAUUAGUUGGACGCUGGGCACAAUUCACCUCCGUGGACAGCCCAGCUGAUCGGCAUUUUUUGUUUCAUUUCAAUACUUAGCUCCAGCAGUCCCAGGCUUCUCAAAUCGUCCUUUUAGUAACAUUUCGCAGGGAAACAUCUAGUCACAGACCGAGGUUUCGGCACUGAGCUGCGCUUUGAGCCCAUGAAAACAGGAGAGGAGAGAGAACCGAGAGAAGUCAUCAGCAUCACCUGAACAAAGAAGAGGCACAAGCAUAUACACAUGGGGCAGGGAGAGGCUUCAGCACGGGGGACAACCAUGGAGGGGGACUGUCUCAGCUGCAUCAAGUACCUCAUGUUUGUCUUCAAUUUCCUCAUCUUUCUGGGGGGCUCUUUCCUCCUGGGAGUGGGAGUGUGGGUACUGGUGGACCCCACAGGAUUCAGGGAAAUUGUAGCAGCCAACCCGCUGCUAUUCACUGGUGUCUACAUCGUCCUGGGCAUGGGAGGCAUGCUCUUCCUUCUGGGCUUCCUUGGCUGCUGUGGAGCCAUCCGCGAAAACAAGUGUCUGCUCCUCUUUUUCUUCAUGCUCAUCCUCCUCAUCUUCUUAGCAGAGCUGGCUGCUGCCAUCCUGGCCUUCAUAUUUCGGGAGCAUCUGACCAGAGAGUACUUCACCAAGGAGCUAAACAGACACUAUCAGGGCUACAACAACACUGACGUCUUCACCUCCACAUGGAAUGCCAUCAUGACUACAUUUGACUGCUGUGGAGUGAACAGUCCAGAGGACUUUAAGGACAGCCGGUUCAGGCUGAUCAACCAAAAUCAUAUGGUGCCAGAAGCCUGCUGCCAGCGUGCCAGUCAAACCGGGGAGUUGGCCUAUAUCGGCCAGGAGCAGUGCUUAACAGGCAAUAUGAUGUUCCGCAAUAACAAGGGCUGUUACUCUGCAGUAGUUGACUACUUUGAACUGUACAUCUAUGUGGCUGGAGCGCUGGCCAUUGUGGUGCUGACCAUUGAGCUCUUUGCCAUGGUCUUUGCAAUGUGUCUCUUUAGGGGAAUCCAAUAGAGCUCCUCCAUCUGUGAACUUCUUUUAAGAAAAAAGGGAAUUUAGAAGAAAAGAACAAAAUGGACACUUGUAAAUUUGUUGAUCUCUUUUUCUAUUUGCUAAUUGGUAGAAAAACAAACUCUCAAACUCUUGUACUUCACAGCUGGACUUUUGAGGUACUGGGUGGCAAAAAAACAACACGUGUGUACACAAACAAACACACACACACACACACAAACACACACACACACACACACACACACACACACACACACACACACACACACACAAACCAUAGAGAAAGUGGGAGAUCAUAGACAAAACUAAUGUAAAAAAGAAUUGUGUGUAAAGUGGAAACAGUAAUUUUUUGGACCAGGUCUAGCACAGACUGGUGAAAGUGGACCAGCCAUGAGGACCAGGUGAAGCCUGAGCAGAAGGCACUGCACUGACUUUUGGAUGAAGACUAUUUAUAUUAAGUAAAGUUGGCUUAACUGUAAAAAAAAAAAGAAAGAAAAAAAGAAGUGUUUUAUAUACACUUUGGCUGUUACCUUUUUCCUGCUCAUACUGUAUAGUGUAACACUCCCUCCCAGCGUACGCCUUUUUUACAGCCACUCUUCUGCUGUAUUAUAUAAGGUGUGUGUGUGUGUGUGUGUGUGUGUGUGUGUGUGUGUGUGUGUGUGUGUGUGUGUGUGUGUGUGUGU